UUCUUUCGCGCAAUCAACCAAAUUCACAGCUAUUUCCUAGACUGCUUUGUUCAAUCAAGCCAGUUACCUUGGUCAGACUUCCCGCGCCAUUAUUUUCAACACUUCUAAUUACCUUACAUCAUUUGAGUGUACCCGAAUAUCUGCCCACCCCUCUCAGGGUACAGUAGAAAUUUCUACCAGAGUUUUCUUUCCCCCAAACUCUCGGCCAUCCGAAUCCCUUUGCGACGGGUCCCACGCUUCUGAGCGACUGGGGAUGAUGCCGGGGGAGGAGAUGGAGAUCACGACCGAUUUCGGUCACCCUGCCUAUGCUGAGGACAUUGACAUAGACCUCGAUUUUGCUGUUGGGCACCCCGACGAAGACUUGGAGCUGGCAGAUUUCGACCAGAUACAAGAACUUCAGAAUUUCAACUCAGAUACCAGAGAUGAAUUGAUGGCCGAAGGAGACGAUGCAUCAUAUGGCAUGGUCGACGCCGAUGAUGUCGAGCGCAAUGAGACGGCCGCAGCCUCCAAUGAUAUCGAGAUUGAUCUGGGUGAUCCUGAUGAGAACGUAUGGCAGCAGGAUGCUCGUAAUGGGGAAACAUUUGAGCAUGUUGAUGAAAUCGAUUAUGUCGACAGCGCCGACGUUGGUAAUGGAGAUGUCGAGCACGCUACUAGUGGCGAAGGAGACUGGUUGGAGGCGCCAGCUUAUCCCAGCGAUAAGCCCGCCGGAGAAGAUUCAGGUCAAGUUGAUGUCAGUGUAGUCGGAACAAGUGAGAACUCGGCUACGCAAAGUACGGUCCCUACCGGUGCCGUGGAGGCAGGUUUGAAAGUACCCGAGGCAAGGGAAGAUGGCGCAAGCCAUCUUAAUACCCCUAACAAUGAUAGGAAUGAUGAAAGCGGACCGGAAAUUGCGGUCCAGAGUACUUUUGACAGCUACCAAGAUACCACCCUCCAAUCUCACCCCGAGAAACCUGCAGAUGAAGUCGCCCCUAGCAAUCACGAGGGAGAUGAGCAAGUCGAGGGGCAGUCGAAUGGAGACGUCAACCAAAGAGACGACGCACACAAGGUGGAUGAAGAAGCGCAGCAUUUAGCUACCGAAGCAAAUGAGGCUCAGCAUGACGAAAAUAUCAGUGCCUUCGAAAGACAAGUAUCAGAGCCGCCUACUUUGAGCCUGCCGCCUGGACCCGCGCGAGACCAAGGUUCCGAAGAGAUUGAGCAGGAGAAGAUUGAUGAGCCUAAACAAGAUGCAUCCGAGCAACAACCAGACGGCGAACUACACUAUGAGCUCGCCAAUGACAAAAUUCCUUCGCCCCCAGAGAAUGCUCAGGACCAGGUCUUUGCCCCUAGCCCCCAUGAAACACAGAGUCAGCCGUAUGCCUCGGAUCUCAGAGCGGAGAACAGCGAGAAGAACCUGGAGGAAGCUCAUGAAGAGCAAGAAGAGCACGACCAGGAGAACCUCGAUGAGAAUGAUGAGACAGCUGGUCCUAACCCCAAGGAAGGGGAUCCCCAGACUCAGGAAGCUAACGUAGAAAGCCUACUUUCCAUUGCCGCUCGCCACGACAUGUUCAUUUCAUAUGGAGAAACGGAUUAUAGAUUCUUCGCGACGUCGAAGGACGAUGAUCCUAACCAAUACUUCCUCAGUAAUAUGUCGGCUCUAGAACUUCCCCUUGGCCAAUUAUUGUCGAGCUUGCGGGACGUUAUUGCAGAUGAGGUGUCCCCUCUUGACGAAUUGGUGAUGCACGUAGAUGGACUAGGCCUAGAAUUCUCGGAGUCCUCAGCCUGUGAGAUACUGGAAGAGUUCACUUUCGGUGAUAUCCUUACUCUUUAUGAUAGACUUGUUACAAAUGACGAAACGCAAUCGCCAGCGGCUCUUUACAUUUAUCUUAUGGUAAGACCAAAUUGUCGCCAGCGCCUGAUGGCUCUUUUGGACAGCGCAGACUCUGGUCGUGGCCUCUCGGCGAUCGCUGUCUAUCGCGAAGCAACACCUCUUGAUGAUGAGCCGGUCAAGCAACAAAUUAGCCAAGCCUCAUCCCUCUCAGCUGAUGAUGGGGACCUUGAGGAAGCCUACGAGAACGACCAGGAGAAUUCGGUUGGGGUCGAAUUCGUUGAUAGUAACACUACGGAGGCUAGGGAUGAGGUAAAAUACGACUCACCAUCAACACAACACUCCGUUGCGGAAACGGCUGCGGAAGACUUGAAGGAGCGCAUUGAAGAGCCUAACGAGGUCGUUGGUGCGAAUGUCGAUGAGAAUACAGCGGAUGGUUUGAUUGACUUUUCUGACGAAGAAUUGGACCUUUCGCCAGCGACAAAGGAUAACGCGGAUAACACGUCUCUCCCGAACGGCACACAAGACAUUCACCAGUACGAUCCUACGGCUACAGCCGAAGAUACUGACUCGGGCCGUCAUGCUCCACCGGUGGAUAGAGGAACCGACGCCCUCCACUCCGAUAAUACCAGCGCCACUGUUACGCUAAACGGCGAUGAUCAAGACGAGAUAGACUAUUCGGAUGAGGACGACGACGCUGUUACAGGUGGCGGCGAAGCCCCAUCCACCGAAGGCCUAGGCACAUCCGCGAGCCUUCAUGUGCCAAUUGAUGAUGAAAUCACGUGGGAGUCUGAUAAUGAGGACCCCAAGAACGAGCCUCCGACAGCUGCCAAGGGAACGGUACAAGUGUCACCGACUUCCGGAAAGCGGACCCGGUCGGACUCGGAUCUACUUGAUGGCGAACUGGAGAAGAACGAUAUCAAGCGUCGUCGAUCCUAAAUCCUUUUCGCUGCUCUCCUCAACCCGAUCUUCCAUACUCCCCGCCUCUCCCCUUAUGUUCGACAUGCAGACAAGUUACUAACGAACCGAUGCUGGGCUCAUCCCAUCGACACUCAACUUUACAGAUGCAUACCAUUGUUUUCUCCGUAAUAAGACUCGAUUCGGAAUGCUAACAGACGCAGCUACGAAUACCGAAAAGCAACUAUACAGGUAUGGACGAUUGAGCUUAACAAUGACUACAGGUAAUUAGCAUCGAGCCGACCCCGUCAUCGAGAACGACGGCGAGACGACA